GGGCGUCUGCCGGAGACCGGAAGUACUUGGCUGUCAUGAAAGUCAGGGAAUACACUGCACAUGCGCCUGUACUUUUGAUAAAGUCUUUGUUUUGUUAUAAAAUAUUCACUUACAUUUCAUAUUUUAUUCUGAAAUUAUGAUCAUAUUUUUAUUGUGUCAUAGAUAAUCAUUCAAGUGAUAAAUAAAGCGAAAUGGUAUCUUUGUAGUUAUGGAUGCAAUCUUGAAAUUAUAACCUACACGUUAAAUCGUGCUCCCGUUAUUUUUCGGUUGUCACGUCGGGUUUGUUUCUGUACUUUGAACUCAUAUCAAUUUAACGGCAGGUUUUUUUGUGAACUUCAAUGAACUGUAAGGAUCGUGAAGUGCAGGCUGAAUUAAUCUUAGCGCCGUCUUAAAUAAUUCCUAAUUGGCCACAAAGAUUAUCUGUCAUUAUCUUCGUGCUACCAUUAUGCUUUAAUCGAGAAGAAGAAGAUUAUAUAUUAACUUAUAUAGAGUUAUAUAAUCCGAAUUAUCAUAAUUUUCUUAAUUUUCGUUCCUAAUCUCUAAACGUUUCUCUGUACUCCGGGAAUAUAAAUAAUUUUAUAUGUUACAUGGGCUAAAUGAAUGUUAAUCAGGUUGACUUCUUACUGAUUUGUGUCACGUGAAAGUGUCUUCAAGUGAAAAGGGAAUUAGAUGGGAAUAAAUGGAUAUUAUAAUUAUACGUUAAUAACAAAAACAAAAUAAAAUAAUCUGUGGUUAAUUAUUGACUAGAUAUCACUAAUAUUUUUAAAUUAAGACAAGGCAGUAAUUGUUGAAAGAAUUAUUAACAUUAAAUCUAACCUAAAUACAUAGUGUCAUUAUAGAGGCAAAAUGAACUCGAAAUUUGCUUUUCUUGAAUCAAUGGACAUACUAAACACAAUACCUCAGUAUCAUACAUUAUUGGCAGCACUUUUGGUACUAUGGUUAUUGUGGUUAAUUGCCAAAAGAAGAUAUGGUAAUCACCGCACAGUACUCUCUGAUGAUGAAGUUCAAUGUAAGCUAGCUGAAUGGCAACCUGAACCCCUUGUACCAAAAACAGAGAAAAAUCAUCCAUCGCUUACUCCAAAACAUAUCACUUCUCGUGUUGGCAAGAGGAUAAUUGUUAAUGGCAAGGACUGUCUCAAUUUGGGUACACAUAACUAUCUUGGUUUUUUGGAGAAUAAAGAGAUUCAAGAAAAAGCUGUUGCUACAAUUAAGAAAUAUGGAGUUGGAUCAUGUGGACCUCGUGGUUUCUAUGGUACUGUAGAUGUUCACUUAGAGCUAGAAGAACGUCUUGCCAACUUUAUGGAAAUGGAAGAAGCUAUUGUUUAUUCUUAUGGAUUUAGUACAACAGCAUCAGCUAUCUCUGCAUACUGCAAGCGAAAUGAUUUAGUGUUUACUGAUGAAAAAGUAAACUUUGCUAUCCAAAAGGGUCUUGAUGCCUCAAGAUCCAACAUCAAAUAUUUCCAGCACAAUGAUGUCCAGGACCUGGAAAGUCUGUUAAUAAAACAAGCUGAAUUGGAUACAAAAAAUCCUAAGAAAGCUACAAGAAGAAGGCGUUUCUUGAUUGUUGAAGGAAUUUAUACAAAUACUGGCCAAAUCUGUCCUCUGCCUGAACUAGUUACACUCUGUAGAAAAUAUAAACUGAGAAUCUUUGUAGAUGAGUCUAUAUCGUUUGGCACUCUCGGAAAAUGUGGUAAAGGAGUUACUGAACAUUUUGGUGUACCCAGACAUGAAGUGGAUAUGAUAAUUGGUUCUCUGGAAGGGACUAUUGGAUCAAUUGGUGGUUUCUGUGUGGGUUCAUCAUUUGUGAUUGAGCAUCAGCGGCUAUCAGGACUUGGUUAUUGUUUCUCAGCAUCAUUACCUCCACUUCUGACCUCUGCAGCCAUCACAUCUAUAGACAUAAUGGAGCGUGAUCCACAGAUUUUCAUGACCCUUAAAGAAAUCUGUGUAAUUGCAGAUCAGGGCCUUAGAGAAAUAGAAUAUUUUGAGGUUUCAAGCUUUCCAGAAUCUCCUGUCAAACACUUAUAUUUAAAAAAUGCAUUACAACCUGCUGAAGAACAAAAAGUGCUUACAAGCAUAUCAAACAAAUGUAUAGAAAACAAUGUGGCAAUAAUUGUUCCAGCAUACCUCCCAGUAGAGAGAGAUUUACCACGGCCAAGUUUGAGGAUCUGUGUAUCUGUUCUUUUGAAAAAAACAGAUAUUGAUUUCGCUUUAAAAACGUUGGUAACAUCUACAAAAGAAGUUCUGUUUCAAUAACAAAUAUAGCAUCAAAUCAAUUGACAAUUUAAUUUAAUAUACAUAUAUCAAUUUUUGCUAACAGUAUCAAUAUUUUGUACAUUCUUUAAAUUAUCUCACUCCUUUAUAAUGUUGUAAUAUAUGAAUUACUAUGCAAACAUGUAUAAUAGAAAGAUGAAUAAAAUCGUUUUCAAAAUUGGUUUCCAUCAGUAUAAA